CGAAAAGGACAAAAAACUGUAUGUUUCGUCAAUGUAGCCGCUCUCCACCCUCUCCACCUUCUCCACUUCUCCAAGAGCUAUCGCAGGCUAUUUAUGGCUAUGUAUGGGUGGUUGUCGCUUUCCAAUACUCACAGAGCUUGCUAGAUCAGCGAAGAGGAUUCAAGAGGAAACAAUCGUUCUUUUUCUUUCUUAUCCGUCCGAAUCUUUAUAGGCUCGACAUUCUCUUGCGAUCGGGUUUUGUAAUGGCGGGAGAGUCGCAAAAAUGGAUUUUGAUGGCAACGGCGAGAGCUCCGACGAACAUUGCCGUCAUAAAGUACUGGGGAAAGCGGGACGAAAACUUGAUUCUUCCAAUAAAUGACAGUAUAAGCAUAACGCUGGAUCCGGAUCAUCUCUCGGCUACGACGACUGUUGCUGUUAGCCCUAGCUUUGAGAAGGAUCGGAUGUGGCUCAAUGGAAAGGAGAUUCCAUUAUCUGGGGGGAGAUACCAGAAUUGUCUUAGAGAAUUGCGGAGUAGAGCUGGCGAUUUCGAGGAUGAGAAUCGAGGCAUUCAGAUUAAGAAAGAAGGCUGGAAUAAGUUGCAUUUCCACAUUGCUUCGUACAAUAAUUUCCCAACUGCUGCGGGGUUGGCUUCUUCGGCUGCAGGUUUUGCUUGUCUUGUGUUUUCACUUGCGAAGCUAAUGAAUGUGAAGGAAGAGCUUGGUCAGCUUUCUGCUAUUGCAAGGCAAGGCUCAGGAAGUGCAUGUCGCAGUUUAUAUGGUGGAUUUGUUAAGUGGACCAUGGGAAAUGAAAUGAGUGGGAGAGACAGCAAAGCCGUUCAACUUGCUAAUGAAACACACUGGGAAGAUCUGAUUAUUAUUGUUGCUGUGGUAAGUUCGAGGCAAAAAGAGACCAGUAGUACAUCGGGUAUGCGUGAAAGUGUUGAGACCAGUUCUCUCAUACAACACAGGGCGAAGGUUGUAGUUCCAAGCAGAAUAUUACAAAUGGAAGAAGCAAUAAGGAACCGAAAUUUUUCGUCUUUUGCACGAUUGACAUGUGCAGACAGCAAUCAAUUUCAUGCAGUCUGUUUGGAUACUAGCCCCCCAAUAUUCUACAUGAAUGAUACAUCUCAUAGGAUAAUAAACCUCGUGGAAAGAUGGAAUCGGCAUGAAGAAACACCCCAGGUAGCAUACACUUUCGAUGCAGGGCCUAAUGCUGUUCUGAUCGCACCGAAUCGUAAAGUUGCUUCCAGUCUUCUUCAAAGACUUCUGUUCUACUUCCCGCCAGGUCCAGAUAAUGAAUUAAACAGCUACAUCUUAGGCGACAAAACAAUAUUACAAGAAGCUGGAAUUGAAUCCCUGAACCAUAUUGAAGCCUUGAAACCACCUCCUGAAGCUAAGGAUAAGGUCCCAUCUCAAAGAUUUGCAGGUGAUGUUAGUUAUUUUAUCUGCACUAGAUCUGGAAAAGGUCCAGAAGUACUCAUGGAGGAAGAGCAUGCUCUUAUUAGCUCCCAAACUGGCCUUCCAAAGUGAGUAACAUGAGAAAGGGCUUAGGACCUGGAAUGACAGUGUUUAAAGACAAAGGCGAUUUGAUCAAAUAUUUUUCUAUUUUAGUUUGGAUUAAAUCAAGGAUCAACUUUAAGCUCAUAUCAUUUUUGUUUGUGUUAUAAAUGUUCUUACUAAACGUUUGCAAGAUGAUGUAUCAUAGUGUAUGUGUUUUGCUAGCGAUAUUCUUUAUUGUUAUAAAAGACUAGAGGAGUUGAAAAAAAAAAUUGAAUAAUGAAAGUCAAACUUAUAGUUUAAGGA